AUGGAUAUUUGUAAACUUAGUAAUCCUACUAAAAUAUGUAAUUCUAACACAAAAACUAUUGAUAUGGAAAGAUUGAUUGAAAAGUUUGCAAGCUUGUACCGAUUACUUCGUGAGGAUGAAGAUAUAACUCAGGGAUUAUCAGCAAAAUCACCAGAUAAAAAGGAAAAAGUUGCUAUCCAUGUUGCAACUGGAAGUACAAGAGAGUAUUCUUCUCAGUACAUUUCAACAUGUUCAUCCCUUAACAAAGCAGAAUCGUUAAGGAGUUUAAAACUGAACAGUGGACAUAGAUGGGGUAUGAAGGACAUUGCUAAAAUCGACGUUGGAAGCUUACCGGUAGACGUAUCAAUAAUUGAUUUGAGAACAAAUAAAUUGAGGAAAGACCACGAGACAAAUGACAAAGAUGUUAAUGAAAGAUUUAAUAAAUUUGCAGAAAGUCAUCAGGAAGUUUUACUGAUAGGUACGGUACCAGCCGCAUGUUUAAAAUUAAUAAAAUUCACCGGAGUUGUUCCAGACUCGGACAACAGAUGGUGUGAUCCUGAUGAAAUAUCUUCAGAUGAUUCGAUGUAUAGUGGGUCGGAUUCAGACUGGUAA